CAAGCCAAAAACCGCAUUGUUCCUGCUGGAUCCAAGGUUCGGCUAAUGGAUGGACUCACACACUGUGUUAGGUUUCUUGUGCACCACAGAGGUGACAUUCUAUGUCCCAUUCGCUAGUUUUGGUAGCCAGGGAUCAGUCCACCAAGGUCUCCACCCUUGGCCACCACCCAGCACACAUUGCAUGCGACCCCUAUGGCCCUUCUUCGGGCUGUGCCCUGCCGGCCCCCAUGGGCAAAGGCCAGACACCACCAGGCACUUGCCUUCGUUCACCCUCCCCAGGAUUGGUUCCAGGGCGGGGCCCAGUAUAUCUAUACUGGGGCUCCGGGAUGAUGGACUGUUCCCUAGGUUUCUGUGAAUAGGUGUCUUUUGAAUCGCUCUUUGCCUGGUCCUUCAUCCAGGACCAGUUUGCCAUGGGAGACACUACCAGAGCACAAAAGCCCUCCGACAGCAUAGCCCCUGGCAUUCCUGGGACACACAAACCCCUCAACAGAUUCAUGGAGGGGUUAUGCAUUGUAUUCAAAUAUUUAAAUACAUUAUCAAUAACCUUGUUGUUGUUUUUUUCUAGAUUUAGUUCAAAAAUACUCAUCUAUUUUUUCCUGAGACUUGGUGUUUACUCCGUGAUCUUAAGUUUGCACAAAGAGGGAAACUUUAACUUCUGUUUUAAACUUCCGAAUUGAAAGCCAAAUGUCAUUGUAUUUUAUUACAUGUACAAUGUGCAGGAUCUAACCCAACAGUUUUCACCAUUUUUCAUUUAAAGGUUCCAACAUGCAUGUUGCCUUUUCCAACAUUCACAGGGCUCUGUUCCAUGAAUUCAUCCUCCAUAGUCAUAAUGUCAAUGCAUGUGUGUAUGAGGAAGAACCUUCUGGGGAAAAAAGGACCUGUACUGUGACCUUCACUGUGGUGGUCAGUAGGCCAUCAAGCCCUGAAACACAACUAAUUUUAGUGCCAUUGCUGAGAGUGCACCCAGUAUUCACUGCCUAAAAUAGGUGUGCCAAGCUUGUAGUGACAUACUCAUAAAUAAUUAAGGGAGUAAUUACUGCCAAAGGUGCUUCAACAAGGUAUUGACCAAAGGCUAUAUUCAUAGCCGGAUUUAUUAUGUUCACAUUCACAUUAUUAAAAGUAAAUGAUGAAAACAAAGUUACAAGAAUUUGAAAUUAUGUUGAAUUUUGAGUUUAAAAUUAAUUUAAUAGGUUUUGUAUAAAAGCUGUAGUGCAUACUUUCUGGAUGCACUGCAUACCUGUUUAUUUAGUUAAAUGUGUUAUUAUCACAACCAAGAAGUCCAGAAACUUUCUUUUUUGUAUUACAUAAUGGACAAAAAAUUGUUAUUUGGAACAUUUGUUAGUUUUUUGUUUUGUUUUGUUUUGUCUUUUGUCAUUGUUGUUUUGUGGGGGUUUUGUUUCCUAGGUGAGCACAGGGCUUUUCCAGUGAAGGACUUUGUCAAGCAUGUUGCUGAACUUCACCACACUCAAAGCUUCAAACGAGAGUUUGAGAAACUGAAGCCCAGUUACGAGGAGGCACAUAUGUGCACUGUGGACAUAGUGAUGUCUACUGACAACGCAAAUCAUCCAGACAGCAAGACUGAAAACAGACACAGCAACAAUUCGACCUAUGAUGAUACCCAGGUACACCUCUCACUAUUGGCCAACAAAAAAGGAAAAGCAAUGGAUUACAUUAACGCAAGCUACGUGGAUGGUUUUAAGAAGCCACGGUUGUACAUUGCUGCUCAGGGGCCUGUGAGGUCGAGCAUUGAGGACUUCUGGAGGAUGAUAUGGGAGCAGAACAUCUGCAUCAUCGUCUUGAUCAGCAACCUGGUGGAGAAAGGAUGCAGAAUAUAUGAUCAGUACUGGCCACUAGAGGUGCAGGAGGAGUACGGCAGCUUUCUCGUGACUGUGAAGAGCACUAAAGUCCUCGCCUACUACACCCAGAGAACCUUCACCAUCAGAAAAAUCCAGAGUUCUCAGAAGCGGCGGGCCAAGGAAGGGGCUAAUGAGCGGACUGUGACACAGUAUCAUUACACCCAGUGGCCUGACACUGGCGUUCCAGACUUAGCUCUGCCGUUCCUCUGCUUCAUCCGCAAGUCAUCCAGAGCCAGGACAGAUGACAUGGGGCCACUGAUGGUUCACUGCAGUGCUGGUGUUGACCGCACGGGCACAUACAUUGUCCUGGACAGCAUGCUGACGCAGAUCCAAAAUGAGGGCUCCGUCAACAUCAUGGGCUUCCUUAAACACAUUCAAACUCAGAGGAAAUGCCUGGUGCAGACAGAGGAACAGUAUGUUUUUAUCCACAAUGCCCUGGUGGAAGCCAUCUUGUCUGGUGAGACAGAGGUGGCAGUGGCUCAACUGCAUACGUACGUGGACAAGCUGAUGACCCCAGGGCCUGAUGGAGGAACAGGGAUGGACAAACAGUUCAAGAUGGUUUGUUACACCAAUCUGAAGCACUGUGACUAUUCCACAGCUCUGCAGGACUGCAACCACAACAAGAACAGGAACUGCUCGGUGAUACCCAUUGAGAGGUCACGAGUGCAUUUGCCGACAACAGCAGGGGAAACAUCAGACUACAUUAAUGCAUCAUAUAUCGCAGGUUACAGGCACACCAAGGAGUUCAUCAUUACCCAGAAACCCUUGCCUGUCACCAUAAAGGACUUCUGGACAAUGAUAUGGGACCACAACGCCCAAGUCAUUUUGUCACUGCCUGGGAUGGAGGAAGAAGCAGAGCCAUUUGUUUCCUGGCCUGAUAAAGGGCAGCUGAUCAGCUAUGAGAUGUUCACUGUCACUCAAAAGAGUGAGACUCAUGUUUGUCUGUCCAACGAGGACCUGCUGGUAGUUCAGGACUACAUACUGAAAGCUACAAAGGAUGACUACGUUCUUGAGGUGAGACACUAUCGUGCUCCCAACUGGCCAAACCCAGACAGUCCCCUCACUUCCACCUUUGAACUUCUCAAACUGAUGAAGGAAGAGAUCCUCACAGAGGACAGCCCUACUGUGGUCCACGAUAAUGUGGGUGGGUUUACAGCAGGACUGUUCUGUGCUCUUUCGUCUCUGACUCGCCAGUUGGAUGCCGAAGCGUCAGUGGAUGUCUUCCAAGUAGCCAGGCUGAUGAAUCUCAUGAGACCUGGAACCUUCAACAACAUCGAGCAGUACCAGUUCUUGUACAAAGCCAUGCUGAGUCUCAUCGGGACACAAGAAGACGAGAAAACUCAGUCCUUUGACGCUAACGGGACCAUCGUGACGGAAACCACCAGCAUGGCUGAAAGCAUUGAAUCCCUGGUGCCAACGAAUAAAUAAAACCAACAAAAAAAUACUACACUUUUACAAAUGAGCAACAGCAUUUCGUCCCUUCCCUGAAACCACCAACAGAGCUGCUAGUGAAUCCAGACUCUUGCUACAAUCACUCAAGAAAUCUUGUCAUUCAAGACUCUGCCUUUUGUAGAUUGAGACUGGUAUGAGUUUCCUCUAUACAGUUUUGUAAUGUGUGCCUUUUUGCUCAUCUUGGAUUUCUAACUGUGAUAUGAGCUGUAGACUAAUUGUUCAAUGUUUUUAAUGCUGUACUGCCCUGAGACUAACUGUCAACGCCAAUCUUAUAUUUAUUGGCGCUGAGCCAAAUGUGGGGAAAAAGGGAAAAGCUGCAUCUUUUGACAUCAAAUCUUAAGGUCAAAGGAAAGACUCUUUGUCAGACUCUUUCAAUAUUGAUUUUGUUAAUGUGUCUUUAACAGAGUACUUGCUCUGUUAAAUGUAAAUUCUGUUUAAAUUGGUGUAGCAUGCUGCAGUCAAAUAUAAAAUAAGGGUAUCGAAUAGUAGAUUAAUGUACUGUAAAUAAUAUUAUAAUAAUACCCUGAAUGGACCAAAUUUCUAUUUAUGCUUUUCACCUUUGCUUUUAUUUUUGAAGGGUUUAAUUCUAAUUGCCUAGCUGCUUUUAUACUAUGGAUUUUGUAACAGUCAUGCAUGGGUACUGACCUUUUUGUUUUUUUGGUUUGUUUUUUAGCUAUAAAGGAAUCGCUGCUGGCUUAUUAGCUAAGGGAUUAAAUAAGGGAAGGAACACCAAA